AACUAAUUAUUUUUCAAAUACUCUUUGAAAACUAGAGAGAGAGAGAGAGAGAGAGAGUGUGUGUGUGUGAGUGUGUGUGUGUGUGUCCAAAUCCAACGCCAAUGCAUGCAGCCACAGUAUUCAGAUGAGAUAAUAAAGAAGAAAAUUAAAUGCCGAACAUAGACCCACUUUUGAUUCCGCGUCAUUUUUUCACUUAAAUUUAACAUUUUUUCUUUUGGGCGUUCAAAAUUUCCUCUCAGUGAUCCACCUUUUGUGGUCAUACACUGCUUCCUCAGGUUUCACUGCAAUUUUUCCCUGUAUUUUUUCUUCUUUUUUUUUGCAUAUACUACUGCUAAGAUCUCUAGUGCUUCACACUCCAAUCAUCUCUCUCUCUCUCUCUCUCUCGUGAUCUGAAAACAUGUUCUCUCACUCUGUCUUGCAAGAGGUGAGAUGGGUAUUUGAAGAACCAGCCAUUGGAGCUUUCAUGUAGCUUCUCUGAUGCCAAGUUGCCUCUCAAUGCUUGUACGGUGGUGUGUCAAAAAUCAGCUAUGGAAGCCGACCGGAUAAGGCUUGCUGUAACAUUCUUUCUCUCUCUUGUUUCAGUUGUUUCUACUGCUACAGACCCUAAUGACCUUGCAAUUCUCAACCAAUUCAGAAAAGGGUUACAGAACUCUGACCUCUUGAACUGGCCUGCCAAUGGUAAUGAUCCAUGUGGUCCUCCAAGUUGGCCACAUAUCGUUUGUUCUGGCAGCAGGGUUUCUCAGAUUCAAGUUCAAAACAUGAAAUUGAAGGGUCCUCUGCCCCAGAACUUGAACCAGUUGUCUAUGCUCACAGAUUUAGGCCUUCAAAGGAAUCAAUUCAGUGGAAUGCUACCAUCUUUUAGUGGAUUAUCAGAAUUGAGGCAUGCUUAUUUGGAUUACAACAAUUUUGAUACAAUUCCUUCGGAUUUCUUCAAUGGGCUUGUGAAUUUAGAGGUCUUGGCUUUGGACUAUAACCCCCUUAAUGCAACCACUGGUUGGUCACUGCCUACUGAGCUGCAAAAUUCAGCUCAAUUGACCAAUCUUACUCUGAUUAGUAGUAAUUUGGCUGGUCCCUUACCUGAAUUUUUGGGAAAUAUGUCAUCCUUAUCGGUGUUAUUAUUGUCGUUUAAUCGGAUUUCUGGGGGUAUUCCGGCGAGUUUUAAGGACUCCAUGUUGAAAAUGCUUUGGUUGAAUGAACAGUCUGGUGGUGGGAUGACCGGUCCAAUUGAUGUAAUCGCAUCUAUGGUGUCACUCUCUAGUUUAUGGCUUCAUGGGAACCAUUUUUCAGGUAAAAUUCCGGAGAAUAUUGGUAAUUUAACAUUGUUGAAAGAUUUUAAUCUCAAUCGCAAUGAUCUUGUUGGCCUAAUUCCUGAUUGCUUGGCAAGUAUGAGUUUAGACAAAUUAGAUUUGAAUAAUAAUCAGUUCAUGGGUCCAAUUCCAAAGUUCAAAGCUGUUAAUGUUACUUACAAAUCGAAUCCUUUUUGUCAGUCUGCUCCUGGGGUUCCUUGUGCCCCAGAAGUCAUGGCCCUCUUGGAAUUCCUUGAUGCUGUGAAUUAUCCCUCAAGGCUUGCUUCUUCAUGGUCAGGUAAUAAUCCAUGUGAUGGGCCAUGGUUGGGAUUGAAUUGUGAUGCCGACCAAAAGGUUUGGAUUAUAAACAUACCCAAGUCUAAUCUUUCCGGUACUUUGAGUCCUUCAAUUGCAAGCCUUGAUUCCCUUACUCAGAUCAAACUUGGGUCUAACCAUUUAACUGGUCCAGUUCCAACAAAUUGGAGUAGCUUGAAAUCUUUGACACUGUUGGAUUUGAGUAAUAACAAUCUUUCUCCCCCUCAGCCUAAGUUCAGUAGUUCUGUGAAACUUGUAUUAAAUGGGAAUCCUUUGUUGAACUCCAAUUCUUCUGGACCAACCCCUUCGCCAGACAACAGUCCGCCAUCUGGUGGUUCACAGUCCCCACCCAAAACACCAUCUUCCCCACCCAAAACACCAUCUUCCCCAACCUCUGGAUCAAGCCCUAGUACUCCUAGUGAGGUGCCAAUUAAAGGGAAGAGUUCCAACAAGUCUAAAUUACUUGUAAUUAUGGCCUCUGUUGCAAGUUUUGCAGUCCUGGUCUGUCUGGUUGUGCCUCUCUCUGUUUACUUCUGUAAGAAGAGAAGAGGCAGCUACCAAGCACCGAGUUCCCUUGUGAUUCAUCCAAGAGACUCAUCUGAUCCAGAUAAUAUGGUCAAGAUUGUUGUCGCUAAUAACUCUAAUAAUGGAAGUGUUUCAACGCUGAGGGGGAGUGGUUCUGCCAGCAGAAACAGCAGUGGCAUGGAAUCUCAUGUCAUUGAGUCAGGGAAUCUGGUCAUAUCAGUUCAAGUUCUUCGAAAUGUGACCAAAAAUUUUGCCCCAGAAAAUGAGCUUGGUCGUGGUGGUUUUGGAGUGGUUUACAAGGGAGAAUUGGAUGAUGGAACAAAAAUAGCAGUGAAAAGAAUGGAGUCCGGAGUGAUUAGCAGCAAAGCUUUGGAUGAAUUUCAGGCUGAAAUUGCUGUUCUCUCUAAGGUCCGCCAUCGUCAUUUGGUAUCGCUUUUGGGAUAUUCUACUGGAGGCAAUGAGAGAAUUCUGGUCUAUGAAUAUAUGCCUCAAGGGGCUCUCAGCAAACAUCUUUUCCAUUGGAAGAGCUUGAAAUUGGAGCCUCUGUCUUGGAAGAGGAGGCUAAAUAUUGCCUUGGAUGUUGCUAGAGGAAUGGAGUAUCUUCACAGUUUAGCUCAUCAGAGCUUCAUACACAGAGAUCUCAAAUCUUCGAAUAUCUUACUUGGUGAUGAUUUUAGAGCAAAAGUUUCAGAUUUUGGGCUUGUUAAACUGGCUCCUGAUGGUGAGAAGUCUGUAGUGACAAGGCUCGCAGGGACUUUUGGAUACCUAGCACCUGAAUAUGCCGUUAUGGGUAAAAUCACAACCAAAGUCGAUGUCUUCAGUUUUGGGGUUGUGCUAAUGGAGCUAUUAACUGGACUAACGGCGCUUGAUGAGGACAGACCUGAGGAAAGCCAAUACUUGGCUGCUUGGUUUUGGCACAUUAAAUCCGAUAAAGAGAAGCUCAUGGCUGCUAUUGACCCGGUGUUUGGCAUGAAAGAAGAAAUAUUUGAGACCAUCUCCAUCAUUGCUGAACUGGCCGGUCACUGCACUGCAAGGGAACCUAGCCAACGCCCUGAUAUGGGUCAUGCUGUGAAUGUAUUGGCCCCGCUAGUCGAGAAAUGGAAACCAUUGGAUGAUGACACAGAGGAAUAUUGUGGUAUUGAUUACAGCCUUCCCCUUAACCAAAUGGUGAAAGGUUGGCAAGAAGCAGAAGGAAAGGACAGCAGUUAUUUGAACCUUGAGGACAGCAAGGAUAGCAUCCCAACCAGGCCUACUGGUUUUGCCGAUUCUUUUACUUCGGCUGACGGGCGAUAAAAGAGGUAUUUUGUUGCUUUCGUUCGACACGUUUAUGUGGUAGAUGUAAAUAGCCAUGUUGUUUUCUUUGUUGUUGUUUGAUUAUUCAAGUUUUGUUUGUCCAAGUAUUGUUGAUUAUAGUAGAAGCUGUUGUUUAGUGCACAGAUUGAACAAUAUUGAAUGAGAACUAAUUAUCAGUAAGGGCUUUAUUUGAAUUGAUAGAUCUGUAUCCAUCAGUUUUGAUGAAAACUUAUAGCUUGUCAUAUCUGUUUAUGGAGGUUGUUUCCAUUUGGCAACGUUGCUAUUAUGUACUGACAUGGUUUGGGCAAUGGGCAUUUUGAAUAAUUUGGUUGUAGAAAUUCAUAUCUGUGCUUGAAUCAGGGACAUACAUCUCUUCUGUAAUGUUUGUCAUCCCCCA